AUGGUGCUGCCGUCGAUCCGCGUGGGGCACUCGGGUGGCGGCGCGUUUGAGAGCCUCGCGAGCGACGCGGUCGAGGAGAAGAAAAAGCUCACGCUGGGCGUGUGCGUUAUGGAGAAGAAGUCGCGCUCGUCCCCCAUGACGGCCAUUCUUGACCGCCUGCGCAUGUUCGGCGAGGUGGAGGUGAUUAUAUUCGAAGACCGCAUGAUCCUCCACGACCCCAUCGAGAAGUGGCCCAUAUGCGAUGCGCUAAUCGCCUUCUACUCCACGGGCUUCCCUCUCGCCAAGGCGCAGCAAUACGCCGCCCUGCGCAAGCCUUAUCUGGUGAACGAGUUGGAGCCGCAGUGGCUGCUGCAUGACAGGAGGAAGGUGUACGCGAAGCUGGAGGAGCAUGGGCUCAUGAUGCCCACGUACGCCAUAGUGAACCGCGAGGGCGAGGGGGAGGGAGCGGAGGAGGAGUUUGAGGAGGAGGAGGACUACGUGGUCAUCGCGGGCAAGCGCAUCAACAAGCCCUUUGUGGAGAAGCCCGUUGAUGGCGACGACCACAGUGUGAUGAUUUACUACCCCAGCUCCGCAGGGGGCGGCAUGAAAGAGCUCUUCAGGAAGGUGGGCAACCGCUCCAGUGAGUUCCACCCGGACGUGCGCCAUGUGAGGCGCCACGGCUCCUACAUCUAUGAGGAGUUCCUCCCCACAGGGGGCACGGACGUGAAGGUGUACACGGUGGGGCCGGACUAUGCGCAUGCAGAGGCACGCAAGUCACCCGUGGUGGACGGCGUCGUCAUGCGCAGCGCCGACGGCAAGGAGAUCCGCUACCCGGUGCUGCUCACCCCAACGGAGAAGGAGAUGGCACGAGUCAUCUGUCUUGCCUUCGGCCAGGCUGUGUGUGGCUUUGACCUGCUGCGAUCGCACGGCCGCUCCUUCGUGUGCGAUGUCAACGGCUGGAGCUUUGUCAAGAACUCCACCAAGUACUACGACGAUGCAGCGUGUGUGUUACGAAGCAUGCUGCUGCGCGCCGUGGCUCCGCACCUCUACUCGCCUCUCCCCGUGCGCCUGCCGUGGUCCUCCGGACCCGACGCAGCAGCAGCGGACGGCACGACAUCGCCGGAUUACGAGCGCACGCUCACCAGCGUGAGCAGCUUCAACAGCGUUCACACGUUCGGCACGCGGGAGGAGCUGCGCUGCGUCAUUGCCGUCAUCCGCCAUGGUGACCGCACGCCAAAGCAGAAGGUGAAGCUGGUGGUGACGCAGGAGCGGCUGCUGAAGCUCAUGCUCAAAUACAACGGCGGCAAGCCCCGCUCUGAGGCGAAGCUGAAGAGUGCCGUGCAGCUGCAGGACCUGCUGGACGCCCUGCGCGCACUUGUGCCACAUCAGAGGGACGGCAGUGACAGCGAGACAGAGGACUUUGAGAAUGCGGAGAAGCUGAGGCACGUGAAGGCCGUGCUGGAGGAGGGAGGGCACUUCUCGGGCAUAUACCGCAAGGCGCAGCUGAAGCCGCAGAAGUGGGAGCGUGUGCAGCGGAGGGACAGCAGUGGGGGCGAGGUGGAGGUGGACGAGCCCACGGAGGCCCUCAUGGUGCUCAAAUACGGCGGCGUGCUCACCCACGCUGGCAGGGCACAGGCGGAGCAUCUGGGUCGAGCAUUUCGAGAAGCCAUGUAUCCUGACGAAAUGGGGUCGAAUGGAACAGGGCUGCUGCGGCUGCACAGCACGUACCGCCACGAUCUCAAGAUCUACAGCUCCGAUGAGGGCCGCGUGCAGAUGUCAGCAGCAGCGUUCAUCAAAGGUCUGUUGGACCUGGAGGGGCAGCUCACGCCUAUCCUGGUUAGUCUGGUGAGCAAGGACUCGCCCAUGCUUGACGGGCUCGACUCCGCCUCCAUUGAAAUGGAGCAUGCCAAGCGCAAGCUGGGUGAGAUGAUGACGACCAACGACCCGCCUGUGCUCUCGCCCACGCACGGCCAGCCCCCCGCGGCUCUCAGCCCGCGCCGGCCCUCUCAGUCGCGCUCGCACUCGCGCAGCAGCAGCAGCAGCAGCCACGGCGGGUCGUCAGCGCAGCUGGCUGGCCCGUGGAUGACAGACGCGCCCUGGCUUCCUGACCGCCCCCUCAGCAAGCUGCACAAGCUGGUGGAGCUGAUAAAGGCGCUGGCAGCACACGCCAAGGAGAAGUGCCGAGAGGACGACGUGGACGGCGCACUGGAGGCCAAGGUCGAGGAAGCUGUCAAGAAGCUUCGCAUCGUGCCUGUGCCGCCACAGCACAAGGCCGGGGCGGGGGAGCAGCAGCAGAAGGGUGCGGGGGAGCAGCAGGGCGGGGCGCAGCAGCAGGGGGGAGGGAAACAGAAGGCGGUGCCGUAUGAUGGCACGGUGCUGGGGAAGGCACGGUUUGAUGAGAGCCGCAUUGCCGCCGGGCUGCCGUGCGGUACGGAGGAGUUUCUGCUCAUCUUUGCGCGGUGGAAGAAGCUUGAGCGCGAUAUUUACAAUCCGCGAAAGGAUCGCUUCAACAUCAGCAAGAUCCCCGACGUCUACGACUCUGCCAAGUACGACCUGGUGCACAAUCGGCAUCUGGGCCUCAAGGGGCUGGACGAGCUCUACCUGCUCGCCAAGGAGAUGGCGAAUGGGGUCAUUCCCAAUGAGUACGGCAUCACGCCGUACAGCAAGCUCAAGAUCGGGGCCAAGGUGGCACGGCGGCUGCUGGGAAAGAUGCUGAUCGAUCUGCACAACACGCGGGACGAGGCGGUGGCGGUGGGGCAGGCCAUGCAGCAGCACCGGCAGAGCCUGAGGGAGCAGCGAGCCGCAGCGGUGGCGGCAGCGGUGUUCAACCAGGAGCAGCAGCGGCAGAACCGCCGGUCGUCCGGUGAGGCCAAGCGCCGCUCCGAUGGGCACUCAGAAGGGGACAAUGACGACAGCAACGCUCAGUACCGCUUGGACCCCAAGUAUGCCAACGUUCGAACGCCCCAGCGCCAUGUGCGCACUCGCCUAUACUUCACCUCUGAGUCGCACCUACACAGUGUGAUGAACGUGCUGCGCUUCUGCCAGCUGGACGACUCACUGCAGGGCGAGGCGUCCCUGCUGAGUCCCGACGCCAUGACUCGCCUCUAUGAGACGCGCGAGCUCGACUACCUCACUCAUGUGGUGCUGCGCAUGUACGAGAACGUGGAGGUGGAUCUGAACAACCCGCGGCGAUUCCGAGUGGAGAUCAUGUUCAGCCCGGGGUCAGCUGUGAGCCCUCUCGAGGUGGAGCCAGCAAAGAAGGACCACACGCUACCAGUGCUCCCGCCCUUCACGGUGCAGAACGACGCGCCCGACACGCUCACCAUGCGCCGUAUGGACCGCAUGCUGCAUCCCUUCGCCAUGCCGCCCGAGGACUUCCCGCCGCCCGUGCAGCCACAGGGCUUCUCCGGCCUCUUCCUCAAGGGCACUGUCUUCGAGCGCAUCCGCGGUAGGCCCACAUUCAUACUCUCCUUGGCGGGCUGUCUGUCGCUCGGAUCGGAGGGACCACUUCAUUCAUACACUCUCCAGCACUUGCCUCUCCGCAUUCCGAAUUUCCGAUUUUCCACGCCAUCGCAUGCACGCUGCGUCGGAGUCGCAUCUCGCGCUGCUCCCUCGUCCAAGCUCCCACUCGCUCACUUUCGCUCUCUCCCUUUCUCUCGCGUUCCGCCCCACCUCCGUCUCUUGAUGGCCCUCGCCGCUUACCGCGUCGCGUCGUCCUCCCUCGCCUGCCCGCGUGCCCUCGCCACCACCGCCCGCCUCCCCCGCGCGUGCCUCCCCCACUUUACUCUCCCCCAGUCGUACUUCCCCCACACCGCCCGCCCGCGCUCCACCGCCGCCGCGUGCCCCGCCACCAGCCGCAGUGAAAAGCCACGUGGCGUUGCGACCAUGGCGACGUCGCCGUCCAACGCGGAGAUGGCCGGCAGCUCAGAGGAAGCACCAUUGGCGAGUCGGCGCUGUGUGCCGUGUGAGGGCAAGGGGCUGCUUCCACUGCCUACUGACCGCAUCGCCACUCUGCUGGACCAGGUGGCGGGGUGGGAGGUGGUGGAGGAGGGCGGCUACCAGCGUAUCCGCCGGCAGUGGCGCACCCGGAACUUCCUCGCAGGCCUCACUCUCUUUGACCGCGUCGCUCAGGUCGCGGAGGCAGAAGGUCAUCACCCAGACCUCCAUUUGGAAGGAUGGAACCAUGUGCGCAUUGACAUAUACACGCACGCCAUCGGUGGGCUGCAUGAGAACGACUUUGUGCUGGCAGCUAAGAUCAACGGGCUGCACCUGGAGGAUCUGCUUCGCAAGCCAAAGACUAAGAUUGCUGGUUGA